GCAACCAACCGAUGGAAGUAAAUAAUGGCGGUGCUAGGGUCAAAAUGGAACGAAUUAUAAUCGGACGCAUCUAUCAAAUACAGUCCGAAAUAACCGAGUCUGUUUAGUACCUAGCAAAAGCUUAAUGUCUUAGGUUUCUAAUGAGACAAAUUUUGUGAAGCCUACACAGAAUAGCGGAGAUGGAGCUUCGGGUUGGCAACAAAUAUCGUCUAGGGCGAAAGAUCGGCAGCGGAUCAUUCGGCGAUAUCUAUUUGGGUACCGACAUUUCCAAUGGAGAAGAAGUGGCUAUCAAGUUAGAAUGUGUGAAGACCAAGCACCCACAGCUCCACAUCGAGAGCAAGAUUUAUCGGAUGAUGCAGGGAGGUGUGGGCAUCCCGACAAUCAAGUGGUGUGGAGCAGAGGGAGACUACAAUGUCAUGGUCAUGGAACUUCUUGGUCCAAGUUUGGAGGACCUUUUCAACUUUUGCUCACGGAAGUUCAGUCUUAAAACAGUGCUAUUACUGGCAGAUCAAUUGAUCAGCAGAAUUGAAUACAUACAUUCGAAAAAUUUUAUUCAUCGAGAUGUGAAGCCAGACAACUUCCUGAUGGGCCUUGGCAAGAAAGGCAAUCUUGUAUAUAUUAUAGACUUUGGUCUUGCCAAAAAGUAUCGAGAUGCUCGCACACACCAGCACAUACCCUACAGGGAAAACAAGAAUCUCACUGGAACUGCAAGAUACGCCAGUAUAAACACACAUUUAGGAAUAGAACAAAGUAGGAGAGAUGACAUGGAAUCAUUAGGAUACGUGUUCAUGUAUUUCCUCAGAGGAAGUCUGCCCUGGCAGGGCUUGAAAGCAGCCACUAAAAGACAAAAAUAUGAAAGAAUCAGUGAAAAGAAAAUGUCUACGCCAAUCGAGGAACUGUGCAAAGGAUUCCCUUCGGAAUUCGCUACCUACCUGAAUUUUUGUCGGUCUCUUCGGUUUGAUGACAAACCUGACUAUUCUUACUUACGGCAGCUAUUCCGUAAUCUCUUCCACAGACAGGGUUUCACAUAUGAUUAUGUCUUCGACUGGAAUAUGUUAAAAUUUGUAAGUGGAGGUCGAGGAGCCGAGGACCUGGAUAGAGACAGGAAGUUACAUAGCUCAACAUCAAGGGCAUUGCAGGGCACAGCACUUCCAGGUCGAGUCCGCAGUGAUCAGUUAGGAGUUGGGGCUGUGCCACCUGCAGGGGAUUUCAAUUACAUUCGUGGUCUGCCGUCUCGGCCCAAAGAUAGGCUGCCUGCACGGUUGUCACUAGCAACAAAAGGUUCCGAGUCACAGGAGGGCGUUACAGACAGUAGGGUCAGUGAUAGGUUGGCUACCCCCUCAUCUGGAGGGAGGCUUAGUAUGAAGGGAUCAGGACUGCCUGUGCCUGUAGGGAGUAGUGCUGAUGGCUCAAAAAUACGCCGGGUUGCUGCAGAUGGGAGGGGGCGGGGUGCACCGCUCAAACAGAGACCUUAACCAAUGCCUUGCAGAGUGAGUGAGGGUUUGGUUCAUGACUACUGACUUGCUUGUGGCCACAGUGUUGACAGCAUCAGCCUACCACAGUUCAUGUUUCUGUGUUAUAUGCUGAAGGAGGUAUCUUAGUGGCAACAUACAAUCCAGCAUUCAUCUCUGCUGCCUACCUGUUGGUCUGCCUCUCCAUGUCUGUCCAGGCCCACACUCGUGUUGCUUCAGGUCACAGCUACAGUUUCAAAGAGCCUGUGCAAGUGUGUAACGUGUAUCAUGCUACUGAACAGGGGAGACCUAUCACUCCAGUGUUGUACUUUGGCUCAUCAAGCUUAUGUCCUGAAGUUUAUGUACCAGAAGUACCUGAAUUCAUCCUUUGUCAAAGAGUUCUUAUUUAUUGCAGGAUGUACACAGAUAAUUCAUGGUAUGUGAGGCAUUAUGAAAGAUUUUUCUUUUGCAUUUGUGAAACAAUUAAUGAAACUUUUAGUGAUCUUACUGGCAAUAUUGAAAUGAAGUUUGUACAUGUUUGAAUGGAAGAUAUCAAUUCUUACUAUUUAUUUUCUUUUACCAGUACAAGAAUCAGCGAACAUGGUAUAGUUAAUGAAUUGCAAACCUUUCAUCCUAAUUUGUUGCUGCAGAUGAUCGAUGUUAAACAACAACUGUAUUGGCCUGUGUGUGUAUGAUUUUAGUACAGAUUGUAGAAUAUCUCAUUCAAUGACAAAAGAGGCUGACAUUUUCAAUGUUUUCUGUAUUUGUUUUCACUGAAGGUUUCUGUUUCAUAUUGUGUGCUUGUGUACAACCUGAAGAAUGAAUGUUUGUUCUUGUAGGUGAAGAAUGAUUUGUCAGAGAUUUGUGCGAAAGAUUAAGGAAUGUAUGAAGACAGAAUUUCAGUUUUCCUCUGUUUUUUAGGUUUAAUUUAAAUAGAAAGAUAAAUGGUGAACUGCACAUGACCUCAGGAACUUUUGUGCAUUUCUUCAUGAUACUGUUUUCAACAUUUUAUUAACGUCUAAAACGAGCAGGGAGAUCUGAUCCUCCUCUGUGGGUAGGCAAGCCAGUAGCUGGUACAUACUAAUGAAGUAUGUGUGGGUAGAAAAAAAUUGUGUAUAGAAAAUUACUUCUCAAUGGGAAUUAGAACCUAAUGUUGUGAAACUUGUAUAAAGGCUUGUAUAGAUUGUGCAAUAUUAUUAUAUUAAAUUUGUAUUAUAUUCGGUGUGAUUGUGCAGAAAGAAUUUUAUUGUGUUCUUAUGUAACAUAGUGAGAUGAUACAAUGUUGCUGAUUGAUCAGACCUAGUGUAAGGAAUAAGAGUAGCCACAGUGAUGUAAUUUAACAUUGUUCGUAUACAUGCUUUUACUCUGUAAGUGAUUGCAUGAGGAGACUUGGAGUCAAUGUCUGAUACAGUGUCAGUACAAUGUCAGUACAAUGUUAUUAAUAUGACUUGCUCCUUUAAAACAAAAUAGUGAUUAUCAUUGAAGUGUUGAUGGCAAAAUGUGCGCAGCAUUUGUAUCAAGAAAUGAAUUGUAUUUUGUGUUGAAUUUAGUCUGAAACGUAUUGUUUGUGAUCAGUGGUAAUUGGUGCUGUGAAUUCCAAAGGGUUAUACAAGUACAUGUCAUUACCAAUAUGUCCAUGCUUUAAAUUUUAGUGUCACAAAGUGAAUAUCGGUAUAUGUCAAAAUGUGAUACUCAGACAAUGCAAAUUUGAUAUCACUGAAUAAUUUGAAGUUGUGAUAACUCUAAAUGCAAUGGUGAAAGAUCCAUUUUCAGUCGCUAAGUUACUUCUGAAAAGUACAGAAUAUUUUGUUGUAAUGUUUUGUUGAAUUUUGUUACUUUAAGAAUUCAUUUAUCAUAAUCAUCAACAUAAAUGUGAGCAUUCUGAUCCUAUCCUUCAAAAUUUAGUAUCAUUACCACGCCAGGUUACCAAACAUACAUAUUCUAUAAGAGUGUUUACUUUCAUUCAUUAUACAGUAAAACAAAAAUUCUGAUUCAUUUAUAUCACUAUCUUCGAAUACAAGCCAAAAACAAUGCACUUUUUGCCAGAUAGACUUUCUUGUAUCAAAUGUGAGUACUAAUGUUGAUUUUGUAGGUUUGAUCAUUGAGAAAAAAUAUUCUUUUAGUACAGAUUUUAAUGUGAUAGUUUUAAAUCCAAGGAAGACCGUCCUUCGAAAAAGUUUCAUGCUUUCUUUGAGCAUGUUGAUAUUGAGACAGGUUUGUUUAUAUAUAAACCUUUAAAUAUAAUUAUGGUCAGGCAAUUUAAGAUAUGCCUUAAAAUAAUGUUUGCAGUUGAAAAGAUAAUGUACAGUCUUAUUAAGCAGAGUAUGAAUGUUUCUCCCUUAUCUUUGAUACGAGAAAGUCAUUGAUCUCUUUUGUUACGAAACACAUUUUCAGUAUGUGUUGUACAUUAUGUAUUUGUGCAUUUUGUAAAUAAAUUGUUUCUAUAUA